UGCAUAUUCCAUUGCAGUCAUGACGACUUGAAAAUUGGUUGCCUCGUGGGUACAGACCAAUUUGGGAAUAAAUACUAUGAAAACAACAAUUAUUUUUUUGGCCGGAAUCGCUGGGUGGAAUACAGUCCUGCAUUUGGGUUUGAUUACGAUGCAUCAAUGAUUCCCCCUGAAUGGUUUGGCUGGAUCCACUACCGAACAGAUUACCGCCCAUGUGAGGAUCCAACCAGACCAUUUUACUCUUGGCAAAAACCUCAUGUUAUGAACCUUUCUGGAACACCUGAUGAGUAUGUGCCAUAUGAUACUACAAGACCAAAAAUUGAGCAAUGGGUACCACCAAAGCCAGAAUGCCAUUUGGCAAAGUCCGCACUGGACACAAAAACAAGUCUCCAAACAGAUAUUAACCAUCACCAUCAAUGUUCACCCCCAACAUAAAUUAAGUGAAGCAGAAAUACCAAA